GGCAAGUGAUAAAAAAGAUUUGGAAGCGAAGAAAAAUAUUCUAUUGGGAAUCAAAGACUCUCUUGCUUUGAAUAAUUCAAAAGAAGAAUCAGAAAGUUUAAUACAAUACGAAAAGGAAGCAAUU